AGUAACACGACUGCGCACUCGCGCUCGUGGACGCGCACCAGCAGACAGCCCAUCACACACACAGAGAGAGAGAGAGUGAGAGAGAGCGAACAUGGCGGGCGCCUCCGACCCUCUGGAAGACAUGCUCUUCUCCGAGGUGGACGAGAAAGCCGUGAGCGAUCUGGUGGGCUCCCUGGAGUCUCAGCUUGGGGGUCAGACCGAUCCGUCCGCCGGGCAGCCCGAAAACACUCGCCCGGGCAGCGGCAAGCAGCAGCAGGCAGGAGCAAGAGCGCAGCUGCCCGCUCAUGACUCUCCAUCACAACCACAACAACAAGCACAGCAGCAGCAGAACGCGCGCAAAGCAACGCGCAACCCGGAUCCAGACCCGAAAGAUGUCAGCCCGGAAAAACACGCGAAAGCUCCGGAGAAGGAGAGCGCGCUCAAAUCACAUGGCAGCAUCAUUAUCAUCACCGCGGCUGCAGCAUCCGACGCUCCUGCGCCGGGCAACAAAGGUGCGGACACCCGCAAGAAACACCCGACGCGCUCCCUGCGCUCAGCGGCACCACACAGUCUCAAUGGCAACGGCGCGGCAGCAUCAGCAUCCGUCUCCAGCACCACCUUCACUGUGUCCAGCAACCCGCAGGCGAUCGCGCUGGACCGUGGGACGCCCACCAUCGCCCUGCACCGACUCCCGCGUCACAUCAUAGCCAGCAUCGCGCAGAAGGGCAACGGCACGUCCGUGUCCGCGCUGGUCCAGCAGGGCGCGCGGGUCAACCACAGUAAAGACACCGCGGAGGCCAACGCGAAGCCCGCGCUGAGCUGCUCUCCGCCUCCGCCUGUCAAACCCGCGGUGGCUCCGGUCAUCAGACCCGCGCAGACGCAGAGGCUCGUGGCGCCGCAGCUGAUUGUCAGACCUCCGCCGCCACAGCAGCAGCAGCAGCAGACCACCAUCCAGCUGCCACCCGGGUUCACCAUCCCACCAGGGAUGGUUCUGGUGCGCACAGAGAUGGGUCAGCUGGUGAUGGUUCCUCAGCAGGCUCUGGCUCAAGCUCAGGCUCAGAACAGCAUCUCACCGCGGCCCUCCACACCCACCAGCGUGGCCACUUUCAGAGUCACAACCCCACAGUCUCCUGUUAGCGCUCCGGCUAUUCGUCCUGCUCCUGCAGCUCAAACGAAACUGGUCCAGUCCAGUUCCCCAAGUCCCGCGGCCCAGACCAGCACCACACCCGGACCCACUAAGGCCCCCGUGGCAGCCGCCGUGGCAGUGACAGCAGCUCCCCAACAGCUCCAGCCGGCCCUCGGCCCCCAGGGGCCCCUCACUCAGAUGCCACUGGCCCCGCAGAGUGCAGCCGCCGCGGCCCCCGGAGGUCCGAUCGUCUCCCAGGAGAUGCAGGAGAACGUCAAGAAGUGCAAGAACUUCUUAGCCACGCUGAUCAAGCUGGCAUCCCAUAAUUCCCCUUCACCAGAGACGUCGCGGAAUGUGAAGGCACUGGUGCAGGAUUUGCUGGAUGCAAAGAUCGACCCAGAGGAGUUCACCAGCCGCCUGCAGUCUGAGCUCAAGUCGUCUCCGCAGCCUUACCUGGUCCCGUUCCUGAAGAAGAGUCUACCAGCACUGCGUCUGUCUCUCCUGAAUAGCCAGCAGUCUCUCACUCAGCCUCCACAGCCCAAUAAGAGCAGUGUGACGCCGGUGCAGAGCAGUGUCAGUGUCCGUCCACACCAGCCCAACAGCACCACUGUCCUGCCACAGGGUAUGAAGAGGGCAGUGGGUCCUGGAGGGCAGAUCCGGAUGCCUGUGGUCAUUACACAGACAGUCAGAACCACAGGUACUUUAGGGAAGCCUGCGGCCCUCCAGACAGGCAGAUGCCCCGCGGGCGUCACCAUCCAGCUCUCAGCAAACCAGAAGAACAAGCUGAAUGACCCUGGAGGAGGAACAUUCAGAGAUGACGAUGAUAUUAAUGACGUGGCGUCAAUGGCUGGUGUGAAUCUGAAUGAGGAAAGCGCUCGCAUCCUCGCCACUAACUCUGACCUGGUGGGAACGCAGAUCCGAUCCUGUAAAGACGAGGCUUUUCUCCCCACAGGCCUGUUACACCGGCGGAUACUGGAGACAGCGAAGAGGUUUGGAGUGACGGACGUCCCGCUGGAGGCGGUGAGCUUUAUUUCUCACGCCACGCAGUCCAGAUUACGAACGGUGCUGGAGAAAGUUUCCUCCAUCGCGCAGCACAGAAUGGACUCGUGUAAGGAAGACGAGUGGUGUGAGCCGGCGUCUGAUGUGCGUGCGCAGCUGAAGUUCUUUGAGCAGUUGGAGCGGAUGGAGAAGCAGAGGAAAGACGAGCGCGAGCGGGAGAUUCUCCUCAGAGCAGCCAAGAGUCGCUCGCGGCAAGAAGAUCCAGAACAAGCCCGUCUGAAGCAGAAAGCAAAGGAGAUGCAGCAACAGGAACUCGCUCAAAUGAGACAACGAGACGCAAACCUGACAGCACUCGCCGCCAUCGGCCCUCGGAAGAAACGCAAAGUCGACUCUCCAGGAGCCACAACCACAGGCACUGAGGUGUUGGGCAGUUCAGCAGGUUCUCCAGCCGGCUCCUCGUCUUCAUCCAGCUCGUCGCGUCAGUUUCCCCGUCAGAGAAUCACGCGGGUGAACCUCAGGGACUUCAUCUUCUUCAUGGAGCAGGAGCGAGAGAGCAGCCGGUCCCUGCUUCUGUACCGCGCACUGCUCAAGUAGCAGAACACACUACAGACUCUCCUCCACGUGCCUUCAGCUCACACACACUCACCUGUCUGCUCAUUUCACACACACACACACACACACACAUGUUGGUAUCGGUGGUUUACGAGGACUCUUUAAUAAUUAU